AGCAACAGAUAAAUCACUGACUAUUGAGUACACACCAGAGACAGACUCGGAUCAGUAGUGCAGAAAAGCUCAUUGCAGUCACGAGAAACAUGGAUUCAAGAAAGUUUCCAACAGACCGGAAUUCAGAAUCACGGUACCAUUUGCUUCCACUGCAACAGGACCCUCCAGAGUACUCCGAGGUUGGAUUCCCUCCCUCUUACAUCGCUUCACAGCAAUGCGGAGCUCCGCUGGCGUCUGGUCUGUGCACUCAGGGCUCAUAUCUGGAGCAGCAUAUGGUCACUGUGCAGCCUACUGUUGAAGUGUUCACUCCACUGGCCAAUCCACUGCCAGAUUACCUGUGCUACUCCAUCUUUACCAUGUUGUGCUGCUGUUUACCUCUGGGAUCGGCUGCUCUUGUUUACUCCAUCACAACUCGAGAUGCUAACAUGUUUGGACACCAGCACAUAGCAAGCAGAAACUCCAGAAUGGCACGCAUCCUCAACCAUGUCAAUGUUGCUGUUGGCCUGAUCUUCUGUCUGAUUUUUGUAAUCUACGUCAUUCUUUUUCUUACUUCACUUUAUGGCUGACUAUAAUUGUAAGCAAUCUCAUGGUAGGACAGGAUGCUUUUAAAUGCUAAUGUUGCUUAAGGUAUUUUGUUUAUAUGAUUUCUUUACUCUAUGUAUGAGGAGCUCCAUCUGGAGGACAAGAGAGGGAAGAUUCAGUGUGUUUAGUGUAAUUGACUCCUCACCAUAUCAUUGUUUAUACAUAAUUACAAGACAUGCUUUUGCUUAUAAUCUUUUUUUUAAAAACAAUGGAAGCUUUAACUGUUAAAGUAAAUGCAGUUUUUUUUUCUGCUUGUCUUUAUAUUAGGCUACUUAAAGCCUGGAUUAAUCAAUAACAGAAAUUAUGUCUUAUUUUAUCCAACUUUUGUCUGUUUUUGCCAUAAUAUACUAACAUAUUCAUUUUCAUCUGGUUUUAUAUUCUUCUUCAUUUACAUUUACAUUACAUUAAAUUACAU